AUCUCUUCCUGUAGCUGCUUUUUAUAUUUACCAUUGAUUCAUUGAACGAGGGGAAACAAGUACAGCCUUCUCGUCUUCCUCCUCGUCCUUUUUCCUCUUCUUUUUCCACAGCUUUUUUUGGGCUAUAUAAAUGUUCGCGUCUCUGUCUAGAAUCUGCAGGUUAAGAUCUGCAAUCAGAUGCUUCAAACCUCUCUGAUACCAGAUUUGGUGAUUUCAACUGGGUUGGCAAUAUUUUUUUACUAGGGUUUCCUCGUGAAAUUGGAAUUCUUAAUUUGAUUAGAGGCCUGGGAUUGAGCAAUUUUGUUUCUUUUAUUUCGUUCCUCUUUUUCGAGUCCAAGGAAUGUCGCUGUUGCUAAAAGGCGAUUCUAUCCAGAUUCGCGAGGUGUGGGAUGACAAUCUUGAAGAAGAAUUUGCUCUUCUCCGUGAAAUUGUUGAUGAUUAUCCAUAUAUAGCGAUGGACACGGAAUUCCCAGGCAUUGUGUUGCGCCCUGUAGGCAAUUUUAAGAAUAGCAAUGAAUAUCAUUAUCAAACCUUGAAGGAUAAUGUUGACAUGUUGAAGUUAAUUCAAUUGGGUCUGACAUUUUCAGAUGAGCAAGGGAAUUUACCCACAUGUGGAACUGAUAAAUAUUGCAUUUGGCAGUUCAACUUUCGUGAAUUCAACGUGAAUGAGGAUGUUUUUGCAAAUGAUUCAAUUGAACUCUUGCGCCAGAGUGGGAUUGAUUUCAAGAAGAAUAAUGAGAAGGGUAUUGAUGCAAAGAAAUUUGGUGAGCUCUUGAUGUCUUCAGGGAUUGUGUUGAAUGAUAGUGUGCACUGGGUAACUUUCCACAGUGGCUAUGAUUUUGGCUACUUGCUUAAGCUCUUGACAUGCCAGAAUUUGCCCGACACACAAGUAGGGUUCUUUAACUUGAUCAAGAUGUAUUUUCCAACCCUGUAUGAUAUAAAGCAUUUGAUGAAGUUCUGCAAUAGCCUUCAUGGGGGCUUGAACAAACUAGCCGAGUUGUUGGAAGUGGAGAGAGUUGGGAUAUGCCAUCAGGCAGGUUCAGAUAGUUUGCUCACAGCCUGUACUUUCAGGAAACUAAAAGAGAAUUUCUUUAGUGGCUCCUUGGAAAAGUAUGCUGGUGUGUUGUAUGGUUUAGGUGUUGAAAAUGGAGUGAAUACUAAUUGAUUAUGAAAAAUUAAAAAAAAUUAUGAUUAGAAAGGUGCUCAUUCAAAUGUAUGUGUGAUGAGCACCACAAUUUAUGUACACUUUUGUCUUCAAAUUUUCAUGUUUUAUGAAUAUUUUCAUAUUUUUGUUGUUC